CCUAACGAUGACCUAUUCUCAGAGCAACCCUGCCGAGAACCAGACCGUCUCUAAGGAGUUCAUCCUGGUGGGGUUUUCCUACCUUAAGAAGAUGCAAAUUCUUCUGUUUCUGCUGCUUCUAGUCCUCUACCUGCUCAUCCUGAUGGGGAAUCUCCUGAUUAUCCUUCUGGUAAAGCUGAACCCCUCCCUCCACACUCCCAUGUAUUUCCUCCUGGUGAACCUGUCCUUCCUGGAAAUCAGCUACACCACCAGCGUGGUCCCUCAGCUGAUGGCUCACCUCCUGGUGGAGGAAAAGACCAUCUCCCUUGCAGGAUGCGCUGCCCAGCUGUUUCUCAUCACCACCAUGGGCCUUACAGAAUGCUGCAUCCUCGCAGCUAUGGCCUACGACCGCUAUGUGGCCAUUUGCCACCCCUUGCACUACACGACCAUCAUGAGCGGACGGGUGUGUGCGCUGCUCGCUGGGACUUCGUGGCUCAUCGGUGUCUCAAUGGAGGUAGCUCAGACCACAUGGAUCUUCAGCCUGCCCUUCUGUGGCUCCCACCUCAUCCACCACUUCCUCUGUGACAUCCCACCCGUGCUGAAGAUGGCCUGCGCCGACACAUCGAAAAACGAGAUCAUGGUCUUGACUGUGUCAGCGCUGUUCGUCAUAUGCCCAUUCUUGUUGAUAAUCCUGUCUUACAUCCUCAUUCUCUCCACCAUCCUGAGGCUUCCGUCAGCAGAGGGAAGGGGUAAAGCCUUCUCCACCUGUUCCUCUCACCUCAUGGUGGUGACUUUCUUCUACGGCACGGCCUUUUUCACCUACCUGGUGCCCAAAUCCACCUCCACUAAGGACAGGGAUCUAUGGAUUUCCCUCAUGAACACAAUUCUGAUACCAUUGUCAAACCCCUUAAUCUACACGCUGAGGAAUAAAGAAGUGAAGGGAGCCUUGAGAAAAAUAGUAGAGAAGCACAUCGGUUUAUAG